GUCUUCUUCGUUGCCAAUAUCAUCAUCCACACUAGCAGCAUCGGUMAAGCCGAAACCGACAGAUGACGAUCCAACCAGCUGCUUCACGUAUUCCAUUCGACCCGAUGGUAUGGUUCUGGGUGAAACUUUGUGGAAACAACGGAGGCUGGAGAAUAAGCCCUUCGGAUUCAUGGACGAGUCUUCCAUCCGGGAACUGGCUGCGUCGCUGCCGCCCUCUCAACAGCGACAGCUUUGCCACCGCGCGACCGACAUAUCGCUAGCGAAGAUAAAGAGCCUGAUACAGAAUUCGAUUGUCCAGUACGAGAAAGCAUCGUCCCUUCCAAUAGAACCGAAGGACUUCGAGCACAAGCACAAACCAUCGCUGACAACGUCCUCGUCAUUGCCGCCUUCAAUCCCGUCCAAUGCUUUGAACGAUUUUUGCCCUCCACGGGAACAGAAAGAACAACCAAACAACGAAAAUUCUGUGCAUUCCAAAGAAAAUACCAUGAACCAAAAGCUGAAUCAUGGUCAAUACAAWCCUUCCGAGACUCCGGAGCAUACCCCUUCUGGUCCUGGUAACAAUUUGCGGAGUAGCACAUUUGCAAGKGGGGAAGCAGCAAGGGCACCGCAAAGCACUAUACCAGUAUCUAACAAUUACUUCGGCGAUCCGUGUGAAGAAGAUGAAUUUGAUGGCGAUGACGUUUUUGCUGAUUUCGACGUCGAUGAAGCUAUUCGAGAGCACAACAAAAAUAGUUCUGCAACCAAUAAUUCGCCGUCUUGUGGCAGUGCUGCUAGUAGAAUGACGCGUCCAAAAAUUACACGAUCCGUUGACCUGGCCGACCACCAGAAUUUCGGCAGAGAGUCAUUCUCCUAUGGAAAUCAUACGGAUUCUUACGAUGAAAGAAGGGCAAACAAUAACGAUGGUACCAAUCGUGAUCAGAAUGGUUAUUCGUUCGAAGACCGACAUCACCGCAACUCUGCGUCAAGCUAUCAGCAGCAACAGCAUACAAGCUGCAAUGAUCCAAGUGGUUAUUCUUCAAGUGCCUUUGAUAACAACUUCAGAAGUGAUAUUCACUUUGGUUCCUCCGGAGAAAAGUACAAUCAUUACAAUGGCUCUGUCGAUACCCACCAGAAUAAUUCUAUGGUUGAUARUUACGGAAACGACGGAGAGACCCCGAGAUGUCCUGGACACGGUCUUCCUUGCCGACUGCUAACAGCAAAUACUUCUGCCAACAUGGGGCGAGAGUUUUUCAAGUGCUCGCUGCCAGAGGGCGAAAACUGUGACUUCUUUCAAUGGAAGGACGGAAUGGAGGGAAAUUGGAACAACAGUUUUGCAGAAAGUACCUGCGUCACAGCUUCCGGUGGAACGAUUCUGAACAUGCGCGAAGAAAAUCGAAGAGUCUUUGGACAUAGGUCUUUUCGGAAAGGACAGGAGGAUGUGAUUCAAAAUGCUAUUCAAGGAAAAGACGUCUUUGUUUUGAUGCCGACGGGGUAUGUUCUAACGUAUUAUCUACAAUUGUGACCAUUGGAUUGUUGAAUUUGUCCCUCAUCAUUGCUUCCAAUCUCUAACCAUAUGGAAUUACUUCGCACCGGUGAACMCAAUUCAGCGGUGGAAAAUCUCUAUGCUAUCAGCUACCUGCGUGGUGCUGUCCCGGACUUUCAGUGGUAGUUUCUCCCCUACUAUCCUUAAUUCAGGAUCAAGUACAAUCGCUCCUCAAAAACGGAGUCAAGUCUGUCUUU